CAUCUCUGCCCAUUGAAUUCUACGAGUGUGCCUUCUUCGACUUUCAAUUCGGUUGUCGGUGCUGGGCUUGUUUGAUCCAGGCACAUACGACGACAAAGAUGAUUCGGAGCCGUGAUGUGGUCGCCAUCGUCGCGAUCGUUCUGUUGAGUCGCAUGGCGUGGCGCGAUCCAGCGGAAUCUUCCUUGACCGUCACAACCUUUUUAUCCUUUUACGUACCGUGGCAAGAAGAUCGAGGCCGAGGUGCGGCGGCUCCCACUUUACUGGACGUGGAUGGAGAUGGAGUCUCGGAAGCGCUGGUGACGAUUGUCCAAACCACCACCGGCGAUGUCGCGAACGGCAAUGCUUGGACGAUCCAGAUUCUGGAUCUCAAGCCGGCGGCGAACACCGACCAAACGCAUCUGGCUCCGUUCUCGCCCAAACUCAUGUACGCGUCAUCUUCCAUGUCUAUGGAAGAUACCCACAUGUCUCCCUUAAUGAUAACGACGGGGCACGUACUUAGUGAAGCACACGUCGAAGCCAAGCCGAAUGGUAGCGACAAUCCAUCCAAGCAAAACAGUGGAGGCGAUCGCACUCGCCACUACUACUGCGGGAUAGAUUGGCACGAAGCCUCGGAUAAAUGCGGAAAGCAUUGUCCGAAAGGCCAAGCGGAUGAGUGCCCCCCUGGUGAAAAAUGUUACGCCGAUACACCCUGUGACGCGUCAGCGGACGAGCAGCAUCGCUCGAUUCUGGACGAAAAGGACAUGUACCAAACCCCGGUCGGAUCUGUACCCACUGUAUUUGUGCUCUGGAACGACGGUAGUGUGUCGGCACAUUCUUUGACAGGAGAAAUCAGCGCCGGCGCUAAAGGCCUCGAAUUGACGCAUUUGUGGACGAGAAACGUGUACCGGGAAAAAAACCGGACCCUGACGGAUUGGGAGGAUACUACCUUGAACUUCUUCAACGCACUCGAUGCCGGCGACGCUCACGGGAAACUUGUGUUUACUGGAUACAUAGAUUUUCAAACUCCGGACGACGAUAUCGAAUCCGCAAAGAUUGCGGUUGCUUUGGAUGCCAAGACGGGCCAGACGCAAUGGGAGUUCUUCGUCCCCGACGAUGGAGAAGUUUUGGAUGACGAGGCGCCUCUACUUUUACCGCUAAAACGGGGCUCCACCUCCCCCGCCCGCAGACGAUCCCAAAUUCCUAGCUUGGUCGCAUUGCACGAAAGUCGCGGUGUCGCUAAUUGCUUACACGCCUAUCGCAGAUCACUGUUGACCACCGGAGUGCUUCCUCACAGCUACUGGUCCAACGACGAUGCGACUGUCACAGCGGUGCACUUCACGCACCAAAAAAUGCCGGCAGAAGCCAAAUUAAAAGGGAAGGAUAAAUUGAAGCCAAAGAUGGGAGGAGGCUUGAGCAAGGGAAUCACCAUAAAACCAAAACAAACGCUAUCGGCGAAACUGCUGCCGACAAAAAAACGUCGCCGGAAACGUCUCCCUCACUUUGGCCGUCCCAACGUACUGGUAUUACAUAAUCAGCAUGGUAUACACGUGCGGUCAAUCAAGAAUGGUAUGUCUCUCUGCCACGUUUCCCUCUCGGACGAUACCCUCUAUGCUGAUUUGAACCACGACGGAGUACUGGACAGUGUGCAAGUCCUAGUGGGGGGUCAUGCAGAUAACCUGGAAGACUCGACAGACGAUGGCUACAAGUUUGUAUCCCAGCUUGUCAAGCGAGUAGGCGAUCUGGGGCAGGAAGACGCCAAAGUCGAAAUUGCUUCGAGAAACAGAGUACGCUCUCGAUUGUGCCACGCCAUGGCCUUGUCUGGAAUUCCAACGAAGGAGGAACUAUUCUCGGUGUCUUUAUGUUCGAACAAAGACGAUCGCGACGAGAGUAUUGCCGGGUCGCCACCCCUCGCGAUAGAAUCGUUGAACGGCAAGGGAUACGAUUUGAUAGUUGCUUUAAGCAAUGGCCAAAUUAGUCGGUUCCGUGGUGUAUCAGGGAGUCGGGUGUGGCAGAUCUCUGGUCGACGAUUCGAAGACUUCCCCACCUGGGACGAUACAACAUUGGUCUCAAUUGACCGCAUUGAGGCAGAGUUUGCUCAACCAGCGACACGGCCGAUUCUAAUUGCUGGAGAGAACAGCAUGGCACUUCUAGCUUCGCGCAAAGGAACCGUUCUAGCAACCGCCAGUUUCCCGCAGCCAUCAAUGCGAAAACCCCUUCUAAUGGAUUUUAAUGGUGAUGGGACAACCGACGUGAUGGUGAUGACCCAAGAUGCUAUAUGGGGCUAUCGGGUCGUCGUGAAGACUGGAACAUCGAUCCUCUUUCGGAUUACAGUCGGUUUACUUUUGGUUGCGAUGAUGAUGGCUGUGCUGCGUAAUCGAUUCAGUCCUCAACCGGGGAAACGUAGUACUGAUGCGUAA